AUGCCACCUCGGUUUCCUCCUUCAUCUCCUGUUGCUGGGGUUUCCAUUCAGGGACAAGGUUCAAUCAGUGGGGAUCCAUCAUUUGAGUACAUUGACUCGAAGAGCUACCAUGCUAUCUCUCCCAUUUCUACUGGGAAUAGAAAAUUGUAUCCCACACCAUUCCCAUCCUCAAGUGUUGGACAUACAGACUUAUCAUCGCCGAUAAGGAGGAGAAAGGAAAAGACACCUGAACAUCGACCCAUUAAUAAUAAAUCCUAUAAUGAAAAAAAUCUAAUACCUCUAAUGUUAGAUCCUACAGAUACAUCAAGAUUAGCAAUUGGUCGUAAACAUUCUGUUUGUCAGUUUUUAUUACCAAGUAAAAGAAAUAUAUCAAGACAACAUGCAUUUAUAUCAUAUAUUGCCAAGGGGAACCAAAUUCAACUGGAAUGUAAUGGAACAAAUUCAAUUGUAAUUAUAUUACCAUCUAAAUUAAAAUGCAAUCUUGUUAAACCAUCUCCAUCAAAGAAAAUAUUUAAAAUUGCGGAAAGUCACGACGACACUGUAAUAGAGGGAAAUUCCAAAUUGAAAGCAGCUAGAAGUCAAGAAUUAUCUUCAUUUGUAUUACUUAAAGGAGAAACUGUCAUUAUUCCAUUUAUUGAAGGCACUAUCAUUGAUUUUAGACAAGCACAAGUGGUUUUGCAAUUAAAAGAUAUUACUCACAGAGGCGAUGUUGAUAAACAGGAUUAUUAUUUGAAUGAUGAAUACGCUACAGAGACAGAAGAUGAACUCUCUAAACUUUCAAUAAAUAGUGAUGAUUUCCAUUCAAAAGGAAUGAUGACACCUGAGAAAAAAUUAGUUCCUGUGAUGGUAGAUUCUCCGCGAACAGAAAAACUCACCGUUAGCAUAUCAAAAGAGUCAUCUCCGAUUAAGUUUAAGCGACCAUCAAUAGAUUUAAUUACCACUCCCUUUACGAAUCGGUUAUCAUCACAUUUAUUAGAACCAACUACGCCAGUUAAGAAUAUCAACUUUAAUUAUAGAAAUUCAAUUGAAAGAACUCCUAUUAGAAGAAAUGUUCCCGAUGAAGAUUGUUCAAUUGAAAAAUUGCAUACUUUUAUAUUAAAUUCUGUCCCUAUAAGUGCUAAAAAUGAAAGUCAUGCAAAUAAAUGUUCUACAGAUAAAUUAUUAGAAUUUGCAUUGAAACGAAGAACAAUAUCACAUUCUUCAUCACUUCCACAGGAUAUAGAUAGGAAUAAGAAUAAUAUCAUCAAAUCUGAUGACAAAUCGGAAAAAGUCAGAGAUGAAAAAACAACUAGUAAAGAAGAUGAGUUAUCACAUGUGCCGAUAGUAGAAGUUACAACGGUGUCGUUUGCAGAUAAUAUUGAAGAUAUUACACAUGACGAUAUUGUGCAUGAAAAGACAUCUCUAUUUGUGGGAACUGAUUCCAAACAAGAAAAUUUCAACAAUGAAAAAAUAAACUUAUCUAAGAAACGUGCAAUUGAAGAAGACCAAGUUUCGAAUAGAAUCAAAAAAUCUAGAUCAGUCGUAAAUUUUGAGGAUGUCUCUAGUGAUCACAAUACAGGGGAAACGGCAACUGUUUCAGAGAAAGAGGUAGAUCUUGAUAUUUUAGGUUCAUUACGAUCUCAAGGAAUACAAUAUCAAGAAUUACAAUAUAUUCUGUCUAAUCAUUUAGCCUUUACUAAUGUCCAACAAGUUCCCUUAAGUCAAUUACGAAUGACGAAUUCUAAAAUAGAGGAGUUGACAUUUGAUGAAUUAAGAACUAUUUUAAAGGAUGAAAAAUCCAUUGGAGUCAUUGAAAGAGAAGGUAAAGAUGCUGCAGGGAAACCCCUGGAAGAGGAAUACUAUUAUGACAUGGAGAAUGAUCCUGAUUUAAAUAGGAAAAAACUUAUAAUAUCAUUGAAGGGGGGCAAUGGGCGAAUAAGGUCAUGUAGGAAAAAGCACAAACAAUAUUUCUGGAAAAGACCUACAAAGAGAUGA